AUGCUGAUUCCAAAAAUGAAAACAAAAACUGAUCUUAUCUGAUUAAUUAGUCUCAUUAAUUAACAAAAUUAGUCUCUGUACACUUACAGCAUCUCUAUGCAGAAAUUUAACAGCUCAAAAAGUAAACAGUUGAAACGAACAACAAAAUCCUUCGAACAUUCAUUUUUUGAAACUUUUCUUAAUUACUCAGUAGUACUCAAUUCAAUCAAUAUGAAAGCUUUUCUUGUCUUGACUGCUCUUUUCUGUGUUUCAUCGAUCAACGCUAAACAUGUACCUGGACCAUUUCUGCACAUUGUUUAUGAGUCACUUGAUUUUGUCAAGAACAUUGAGAACAAUCUAACCAACUGGAAUAAUUCCGCUACUCUUCAAGAAAAUUUAGUAAAUGUUGUCAAGAAGUCAUUGGAACCUGAUUGGAGUCCCGAAGUGAUGGGUUCAUUGAAUGAUACCGUUAACAAAAUUGUCACCGAUGCUCUUAGUCUCUUUAAGUUACCUGGAUUCAAGUCAUGGAAGACUCUUGAGGAGAAUGCUGGGGAAUUGGCCGAAAACCUUAUUUACAAACCUCUUAUGGAGAUAUAUGAAAAACCAAAAGUUUAAAUUUUUUGGUGAAAUAAUUUUCACAUAAAAACCAAAUUAAACAGAGAAUAU